GAAAAAAAAUUGGAGCGAAAGACAUCAAACAAGCCCAAUUCGUUGUUUCUAAAAACUUAACUCUGACACUUAUGAUAAAUGAGUUUAUGACAUUUACGUGCAGCCGCGAGGACAUUCACGACAACAUCUGCGGCCAGCCACAAUCCGGUUGAUUCUCGGGCUCAUGAUAUGAAAAUGUGAACCGGCAGUGCUUCUAGCUCCGACUGAGCCAUUUGACGGUUAAUCGUUGGGCAGUUCGCCAGUUCAACAGUGGGCCAGAGAUCCCACCAACAGUGAGCCUAAAGACAGUGAGAGGUACGACCACGCGCUGACAAGCAGUGACUCUGAGACAGUGAUUUGACCAGCAGUGACCAGCAGUGACCCUCACGGCCCAGUGAAAUAGGAGUGAGCUCCGGACCUCGAUUCUCGACUGGCGGCGGACUGCAGUGACUGACUGGCCGAUUCCCCCACCCAGUCUGCCUGUGUCCCAGGCCGAGGUCCAACAGUAUGAACCACACUGUCCGCGUAAAGGUGCUCACUCUGGGCAGCUGUCAGACCGGCAAAAGCUGCCUGGUGAAGCGCUACUGCGAGCGCCGCUUCGUGCCCAAGUACCUUCCGACCAUCGGGAUCGACUAUGGCGUGACUCGCAUCACCGUCGACGGUGUCGACGCGCGGGUGCACAUUUUUGACACGUCGGGCCGUCGGCUGUUCGCCGACGUACGCACCGAGUUUUACGCCGGUAUGACGGCGGUGCUGUUGGUGUAUGACGUUACCGAGAGAGCCAGUUUCGCAGCUCUGGACGGCUGGCUGAGGGAGCUGUCCGGCGACGGCAGCCCGCCGCUGCUCGUCGUGGCCGCUAAUAAGACAGAUCUGACACCCCGAGACGUGUCCGCAGAGGAGGGCGAGCGGUGGGCGGCCCGAAUCGGUGCACCCCACUUCCAGGUGUCGGCCAGCUCCGGCGCCGGGGUGCAGCAGCUGUUUGACGAGUUCUUCCAGAUGGCAGUGCGGUCGGCGGCUGGCGGCCGGCACCGCGAGGCGGCGCCACAGUCGCCGUCGCCAGGCAGCGCUCCGCUCGCCUCCUGGCUGCGACGCAUCUUCAGUGCCCCCAACGACUGGGAUAAGCUGGGUUUGAGGCCCGGCUACACGAAGGAGCAGGUCAACAAGGCCUACAAGACGCUGGCCGUGAUGCUGCACCCGGACAAGAACGGCAGCCCAGAGGCCGCCGAGGCGUUCCGGAUCGUCACCAACGUGCGCAACAACCUGCUGAAGACGUUCUCGUCACCGUCUUAGCUAUGUCUUGUCAGGUCGCCGAAAAAAAGAUUAGAGCAACCACUUGGCCUUUCAGUUACAAACCACCCUUAUGAGCACGUCGGUUUGGAGGAACGAUGUCGUUACUGUCGAGUAUUAUGGUACCGUCAGUUGGCCCUAAGGCUUCUUACAUCGGGUCACUCGGAUAGUAAGUAUUGUACUGUUGAGUGAGCUGUAUUUCUCGUUUACUUCGUGUAACUAUUAAGUUCGUUUGAGACCAUUGUUGAUGUUGAUGAUAGAAUAAUAAGAUGGAAAUAAAAGCUCAGAAGCUAUGUUAAAUGCCAUGAUCUUAUAUGCACUCUCAUUUGACUACAUAGUAACUAACUAUAUAGGUAGUAAGGUACUACCUAUUAUGUCAAAAACAGUUACUUUUUCUUUAAUAAACUGAGCUAGAGUGUUUGAAUGAA